CACGCCAACAUGGCGGCCGCCUGCGCCCUCCGCCGACUCGGGGCGCACCUGCUCACGCUGUCCGCGCGCGGCCCGCGCCGGGCCCCGCACAGACAGGCCAGCGGCGCCAAGUUCCAGAGCAUUUACAGCCUGGACAAGCUCUACCCCGAAUCGCGGGGCUCCGAGACUGCCUGGAGGGUCCCGGAUGAGGCAAAGCAGGCCAGCAGCGACAUUCCUCUUGAUCGCUUGACCAUAUCGUACUGUCGGAGCAGUGGUCCCGGGGGCCAGAAUGUGAACAAAGUGAAUUCCAAGGCUGAGAUCAGGUUCCACCUGGCGACCGCUGACUGGAUCGCAGAGCCUGUGCGGCAGAAGAUGGCCGUCAGGCAUAGAAAUAAAAUCAACAAAUCCGGUGAGUUGAUCCUCACGUCUGAGUGCAGCCGCUAUCAGCUCCGCAACCUGGCCAGCUGCCUGCAGAAAAUCCGCGACAUGAUUGCCGAGGCCAGCCGGCCAGUCCCCGAGCCGACCCCGGAAAACCUCGCUCUGCACAGGGCCAGGGUAGAGAACAGCAACCGGGAAAGACUGAGACAGAAGAGAAUCAGUGCGUCACUGAAGAGCAGCCGGAGGGCCGAGAGGGACUGAGGGGGCCGCGGGCUCCGGAGAUGGGGCGCUCUCCCCUGCCACGGAUA